UGAAUAAAAAAAUGAAAAAAAUUGCCUGAAUUUUAGUAUAACUAAUACACUUACAAACCCACGCACCAACACACACAAACACAGCCAUCCAUAGGACAAUCCAAAAUAACCAACAUGAUUUUUACAAAAUACUGUAAGAAUCCGAGAAAAUUUCGCAUAAUUCUAUUGCUCAUGAUUGUAACGUUGAUUGUGAUAACAUUGGUGAUACUCAACAAUGGCCUACAACAUUCCAUCAAUGCUGAAAAACUAAUCGAUGAACGUUUCGUGGCUCAGGCCUAUGCAGAUGAGGCAUCUCAACAGUUGCUGCGCCAGCAGCAGAAGGACGCAGCAUCCGCCUUCAAUGCAAAAGCUGAAAAUCUUUUAAUUCUCAAAUCGCCUCGAGAAAAUGGCAUUAUACAACCUGAGAAAUAUGACGAACACAAAGUCAAAUCGAGGCUGAUACAGGAGAAAAUUGACAAUUUAAAGAUACAACAAAAACAAAGCAAUUUAGAUCCCGAGGAAGAGCACACCAUUGCGGAGAGUGUGAAUAAUGCCAUACAUAUUUUUUACACCGCUCCCGUGCCAUGGUAUAAGGCACGUAGGACCAGCGCUUCCAAAGAUAUUAUCCUAAUGGAUGGCAAUUCCACAACCAUCCGGCCUCCAGCUAAAAUUCUUAACAGUGCUUUCUAUCCCGCCCUGGGUUUGUACAAAUCCACCAGGGCAACAUUUGAAAAACAUUUCGAAAAUAUACGCAACUGUGGGGUGGGUGUUUUAAUUUUAAGCCUAACUACUGGCCGACCCUCUGCCGAGUGGGAACCCUUGUAUCGUAGCAUCUUGGAAAUUGCGCCAAAAUAUAAUCUCUCGAUAACCUUUGAAAUUACCGUUGCGGGAAAUCAGUCGUAUUCGUAUUUGCAACAACAGCUGCAGGAUGUUAGGAAAUUCUAUAAAUAUCCUGGUUUCUUGAAAGUCUUUUCACAAUCACGUCGCCAUCUAAUGCCAAUCAUUUAUAUUAGCAAUGCUUAUAAGCUAAUGGAUGCCAGCACAGCUCAGGCAUUUUGUAAAACGCCCGACUCGUUAAGGUAUACCUUAGAUGCGUACUUUAUAGGUCACAUAAGAUUAAAGAAUCAUGCCGAUUAUAUGAGACGUCUAUGUUUAGAUGGUUUCUAUAGCAAAUUGCCAAGCAAUGGAGCCACAUUCGCCAGCACAUGGAAGAAUUGGUCCUAUCUCAAAUCGUUUGCCUUAACAUAUAAAAUGUUGUUUGUACCAACUGUGGGUCCUGGAUUCGCGGAACGCAAUAAAUUUCCACGUCACGGUGAUAUACAACGGCAUCGCAGUAAUGGAAGGUAUUACGGUGUCGCUUGGCGAACGGCAAUUUUAAAUCAUGUCGGUUUUAUUAAUAUUGCCAGCUACAAUAAUUGGCCGGAUGGCAGUCAAAUUGAAGAAGUCUUACCCAAGGCCGGAUUUCUUGACUACAGCCCGGGGAAACCGACCAAAUAUUUGGAUCUUACCACCCAUUGGGUUACGAAUUUUGUUAAGACUCGCAAUGAAGCUGCCGCAGCCGCAAUUGCCGCUAACACACUGUUGAGCUGUUAUGAAUACUUAAAUAAUACAAUUUGUUAAGCCAAACAAAAAAAAGAAAUGAAAAUCUAACAAGUUGAGAUGUGAGAUGAAACGUAUCAGUAUUACAACAAAAAAAACUUUUUUCUUGAUUAUAAAUCAUCCGAAUCCGAAUGCCAAAUACAUUUAACAAAACGGAAAAGCAAUUACUUUAGACUAACAAAUGAUAUUUAAAUGCCAAUUAAAUUAAAUUUAUUUUCUUAAAAAAUGUAAAAAAGAGAAGAAAAGAAGUAGAAGAUAACACUGUGGAAUAAUUGUGGAAAAUGUAAUGAUAUUAACUUUUCUAAACGGGUUUUGGUAAUGUUUGUUUUCCCUACCCGUCGUUUAUGUCUUAUCUAAAGUUUAGCAAAAAUAAUGCUCACCAAAUAUCAAGAAUAAAUUCUCGCAGAGAAAUACAUUCAAAUAUGAAGGCUCAUAAACCGCUUGAUUAAAUACAAGUGUAAGUUCGGAUAUUCACAUAAAAACAUAGUUUCAAAUGCGAGACAAUUUCACAUAUUAAUCCAAUUCAAGCGGAAAUACUCCUGCAAGUACAAAAAAAAACUCGAAUAUGCUCAAUUUUUCUAUGCCACUCAUUUUUGAUUGAGAGUAAUCUGUAACACGUAUUGCACAUCUUCUAUUUUUUGUUUGCUAUCCGCUGUUAACUUAUGCCCACAUAGUUUUUUAUACCUAAAGAGAGAGAGCGAGAGAGAGAUAGCAACGAUUGAAAAGAAAAGAAACUAAUAAAGAAGAAAUGGGGUAAACUCCAGUUGUAUACCCUCCCCCAUAAUUUGGAGGGUAUAUUCAGUUUGUAUAGAACUGUCUAUGUAGGCCCAAGUUUUGGUAUUUUGAUAAUUUGGCUCAAAUCUUUCACCGAAAUUAUUUCAAAUUUGAUAUUUGGAAUUCGUAAUGGGUACUACUUUCUCUUACAGAAAUUUUUCUGUAUAACCUGUAUAACGGUACCUCCGAAAACUCUGUAUUUUAUUGAUUUUACCUACCAUUUUCAACAGAACUAUCUAAAACUUUGUGUUUUGAGUUUGUAAUAGGCACCAUCUUCUCUAGCAGAUAUAGAGGUCCACGUUUUCGAAUAAGCACUUGUAACUGAAGAUAUUCAAAAUUUGUAUACCCUCUACAUUGAAAAUGAGGGUAUAUUAACUUUGUCAUUCCGUUUGUAACAUCCCGAAAUAUUCGUCGUAGACCCCAUAAAGUAUGUAUAUUCAUGAUCAGGAUAAAAUUCUAAGUCGAUUUAACGAUGUCUGUCUGUCUGUCCUUCCUUCUGUUGAAAUCACGAUACAGCCCACAUUAUCUAACGCAAAGCUUCAAAAUUUGGCAGAACAAUUUGCAUUGUGUGUGUCUAGGAUGGUUGGCACAGAAAAUGAGAUAUUUCGGUCUACGUUUUGGUUUAGCCGUCACAUAACGAUAUUCGGUAUUUUGAUGAUUUUUGCCAAAUUGUUCCAAGCAUUUGUCUUAAUAUUGGUAUUUGUAAUUCGUAAUGGGUUCUAGCUUCUGUAGCGGAACAUAGUUUAUAUAGCUUCACAUUUUUGUAUAGCCCUCAUAUAACGGUACCUUCCGAUAUUCGGUAUUUUGUUGAUUUUUGCCAAAAUUUUCCAAGGAUUUCUAUUAAAAUUGGUAUUUGUAGUUCGUAAUGGGUUCUAGCUCCUGUGGGGAAACAGUGUAUGUAUAGGUUUAUGUUUUUGUAUAGCCCCAUAUAAUGGUACCUCCCAAUAUUCGGUAUUUUGUUGAUUUUUGCCAAAAUUUUCCACGGAUUUUUCUAAAAAUUGGUAUUUGUAGUUCGUAAUGGAUUCUACCCUCUGUGGCCACAAGCAUUGUAUAAAUAGGUCCACGUUUUGGUAUAGCCCCUUAAAACUAUACCUCCCGAAAUUCGGCGUUUUGAUGAUAUUUGCCGCAUUUCUCCACGGAUUUGUCCAAAAAUUGGUGUUUGUACUUCGUAAUGGGUAAUGGCUUCUGUGGCUGGCGGAGAAUAGUAUAUAUCCGGUGUUCCGGAUAGUUCCGGUGGCAGAACAUUUAAUAUUUAGGUCCACGUUUUCCUACAGCGCACAUAUAACGAUGCCAUACGAUAUUUGGUAUUUUAAUAAUCCUAGCCACAUUUGACCACGAAUGGUGGAGGGUAUUAAAAGUUAUAGGGGCAUUUUUAAGCGGAUUUAUGCAAAUACCUUGCAAUUGGUGGAAGGCAUAAAAACUAUGACCCAGCCUAACAGAACUGAUUUUGUACGUGUUCUAUACCUUACUCGUUUUCGAAUGCGAAUAAAAUCCACUAGAAAUCGGGCAGAUUCUACUCUUGUUUCAGUUUUUGUCAUACAUUUAUUUUAUUUGUAAGAAUUUUCUCCCAAUUGCAGAAGGAACAAAACUAAAUAUUUUGAAGAGAUUUGUUAAGAACCUGUUACAACAAAGUGAAGGUUUUCUUAAUCAUGAAUAAUUCGAAACUAAUUGCUAUUAAAAUAGAGCCGCACAUCAAACAAUUAUCAAACCAAAAAAAAAAAAACUAUGUUUUCUCAGGCAUGAUAGAUUUGCGCGUCAUAAAAUAUCGUUUUCUAGUUUUUCAUAUUUCUAAUGGUGCUUUCAAAGCUAAAUACAUAACUCGCAAUUAUUCCACUAUAUUAAAUGAUAUUAAAUUUUGAAUAUAUAAGAAUUUAUCCAGAUAUUAAUGAUAUAAAACUACUAAAAGUAGAAUAUUACAAAUGAUAUUAACAUUUUUAAAAUAUAUCAUAUGAGUUCUAAAGUUGUGUAACCAAAAAGCAUUGUUCUUGCCAAGUCAAAUAGACAAGAUAUUUCACAUGUUACGAGACUUUUUUAAUUCCAUAUAUAUCAUUAAAAAUUGGAAACCAAUCAAUUUUAAAUACUACAUACUCCAAACGUACAUACAUAUAUUGAUUGAUAUAAUCGUGUUAUUUAUAAUAAAUCAUAUUUGUAUUGUUUUCUAAAUAUAUAAGAUAUUAUUCAGAUCACUUGUUAAUUAUCUCAAAAUAUGAUAAUAUUAAAGCCAACAAAAAAUAUUUAACAAAUAUAUAAUCGAUUUAGUAAUGAUUUUUUCCUUAAUACAUACAUAUAGAUAUUAUUAUUAUUAAACAGACAUAGCUUUAAUAUAAAAAUUAAUACAUUUUUCUCUCUCCCUUUUUUCGAAUUUUGUAAUGACUGACUUAAUAAAAAUCUCUUUAAAUAAAAAGGAAACAAGCUAAAUAUGUUUUAUAGCAAUAUGAAAGAGGCAACAAAUUAUAAACCACACUUAGUUACACCCGAAUCCUUUUUUUCUACAAUCAGUAUUACUUAAAUCGAAAUAUUUUAUCCGCCCAAAAGUAUGCCUUUCGAUUUGUCUCUCUCAUAUAAACACUAUUUCGCCUAAUUCAGUUUUAAAUAUGAAAGACAGAUGUCGUUCGCUCGUGUAUUUAGUACCAUUUAUUACUUUUUUUUAGCCUCAACUAACUUCAUACGUCCAUAACAGCAAUAAGCGCAGUAGAUUUGAGUAUACAAUA